AUGGAUCACUCAAUGCACCACGCGGGGAUGGAUAUGGACCAUGGUCAUGGCCAUGGGGAUAUGGAUAUGGGAGGACAGUGUAAUAUGAAUAUGCUCUUUACAUGGUCCUCUAAAGACCUUUGCAUUAUAUUCCGCCAGUGGCGUGUCGACGGUCCCUUCUCUCUCCUCGUCUCCUUGGUUGUCAUCGUGCUUUUGACGGCGGGUUACGAGGGUAUUCGACAAUUGACUAGGCGUUAUGAGGCAGCGCAUGCACAACGGUUGAAUGCGUUCAAUACGCCUGCUGUGGGAGGCAAUGAGAACGUCGGCGAAUCUGCCCCGGUCAUCGCCCCUUCAAGCUAUGCUCCUCAUUCCUGCGACGAAAGCUCACCGCUACUUGUAGGUAGGGAUAACAGGAGGGUUGUGGAGCAGCGGGGAAAGCUCAUCAUGGCCGCAUUAUAUGCUGUGCAGGUUUUCUAUAGUUUCUUUAUCAUGUUGCUGUUCAUGACGUACAAUGGGUUGGUCAUGGUUGCAGUUGCCGUUGGAGCAUUCGUAGGGUAUCUUGUGUUCGGAGAGAAUAUGUCAGCUGCAAAGACCGUUGCUUGCCAUUGA